AUCGGCGACCGAUUUUGCAGAAUAGUUUCUCAAAAGACGCUGUUGGUAUAAGAGUAGUCCUCGACUGUUCCAACAAAGAGAGAGAGAGAGGAAAAAAGAAAGAGGGUGGAAGGGAAAGAGUGUUCUUGUCGUUCGUUACUCCUGUUGUUUCUUCUUGGAAACGAAGAAGGAAAUUUAUUCCGAAGAUCGAAUAAUCUAAAGGAAACCGAUAGAGAUUACGGAAGAUGCGGAAGAAGUUUACGAUAGAUCGUCGUUGAAGGAGUUAGGAUCUAUAUUCUUUAAGAGUAUCUUCCCUUUCAAUAAGAUUCGAUCUUAUUGGAAUAAUGUGGACGAAACGACAAAUUCUGCAUAUUUUAAUAGCCCUGAUCUUGACAACAUUUGCAAAAGCAGAACACCAUGAGAUUUAUGAAAAUCAAUACAGAAAAAGUGAUACUCCCUUCACCUGUUCCGAAGAAGGCUAUCAUCCUGAUCCACACGACUGUAGAGUUUUCUAUAGAUGUGUUGAUCAGGGCAAUGGUGGUCUUUUAACAACCUUUACGUUCGAAUGUGGAAUUGGUACAGUAUUCUCCAAAGAAAAAGGAAAUAUAUGCAUUCAUCCAUAUGAUAGUGGACGACCAGAAUGUGGUGGAUUUGAGAACGAAGUAGAUUCUGAUAUUCAAAAUCUCAAUAUGGAUUCAUAUCCAUCUUAUUCUACAUCCACAACAACUAUAAAAACGAUGGUUAGUACAGACAUAUCUACAACAACCACUACAACAGAGCCUACAACUACAACACAAGAUUGGACGACUACGAGAAGACCUGAAAAUAGUACUGAAUUAUCAACAAUUACUCAACCAUCAACAACAUCUGAAUUGAAUCAAAAUGAGAUGAUUGGUCUGGGAGGAGUACAAUGUACUACUCAAGGAUUUUUAUCCGAUUCACAAGAUUGUAGAAAAUUUUAUAGAUGUGUAGACGAAGGUACUGGAAUAUUACGAAAAUAUGAGUUUACUUGUGGAGUAGGAACAGUUUGGGAUCCAAAAAUCGAAGCAUGCAAUCAUGCUUGGGCAGUUACUAGAGAUGACUGUCGACAAGGUGAAGAAACUAGCAAUACAGACAGCGGACAAUGGAAUGGCGAUAUAGGAGAUAAUGGAGGACAAUGGAAUGGAGACGUAGGAGAUAAUGGAGGACAAUGGAAUGGUGAUAUAGGAAGCAAUGGAGGAAGUUGGAAUGGUGGCGGAGGUACAUCAGCUACUGCUGGUACACCUGGUAUUCCAGGAAAUCCUGGAACAUCAGGCACUUCUGGAACACCCGGAACAUCAGGUAGUCCUGGAACACCCGGUACAUCAGGAACUCCUGGCACAGAUGGAACUCCUGGCACCCCUGGUACAGCUGGAACACCUGGCACUCCUGGAACACCUGGAACACCCGGAACAUCAGGUACUCCUGGCACAGCAGGAAUACCGGGCACGCCUGGUACAUCUGGAACACCUGGCACUCCUGGAAUACCUGGAACACCCGGAACACCUGGUACUCCUGGAACACCUGGAACAUCAGGUACUCCUGGCACAGCAGGAAUACCGGGCACCCCUGGUACAGCUGGAACACCUGGCACUCCUGGAACACCUGGAACACCCGGAACAUCAGGUACUCCUGGCACAGCAGGAAUACCGGGCACGCCUGGUACAGCUGGAACACCUGGCACUCCUGGAAUACCUGAAACACCCGGAACACCUGGUACUCCUGGAAUACCGGGAACAUCAGGUAUUCCUGGCAUAGUAGGAAUACCUGGCACAGCUGGAACACCUGGCACUCCUGGAACACCUGGACCAUCAGGUACUCCUGGCACAGCAGGAAUACCGGGCACCCCUGGUACAGCUGGAGCACCUGGCACUCCUGGAACACCUGGAACACCCGGAACAUCAGGUACUCCUGGCACAGCAGGAAUACCGGGCACCCCUGGUACAGCUGGAACACCUGGCACUCCUGGAACACCCGGAACAUCAGGUACGCCUGGCACAGCAGGAAUACCGAGCACGCCUGGUACAGCUGGAACACCUGGCACUCCUGGAACACCUGGGACACCCGGAACAUCAGGUACUCCUGGCACAGCAGGAAUACCGGGCACGUCUGGCACAAUUGGAAUACCUGGCUAUCCUGGAUCACCUGGAAUACCGGGAACAUCAGGAACUCCUGGAAUUCCCGGAAUUCCAGGAACUUCUGGAAUACCUGCUUCUUCUGGUAUACCUAAUACUGAUGAAACAUCAAAUACUUCUGGAAUUACUGAUAUUGUUAGUACUUCAGGGACUACGGACAGCCCUGAUACGCCAAAUGUCCCUGUUAUAUCGGGUACUCCAGGAAUAUGUAAUGCAGAAGGAUUCUUCGCCGAUCCACAGAAUUGUCGUAAAUUUUAUCGAUGUGUAAGAGGAAGCAAUGAGUUCUUAAAAUAUGACUUUGAAUGUGGUGUAGGAACUGUUUGGGAUUCCACUAUACAAAGUUGUAAUCAUGAAUACAACGUACCAAAUUGUAAGAAUAGUGUUAUAGGUGAUUUAACAACCCCUGAUUCUUCUAUCAAUGAAAUAAACUCUUCUACUUCUCCAAGUAUAAUUGAACAGUCACAAAUGAGCACAAAUAGGCCUAUUCAAGAUACAGCACUAAUUAGUACUUCUGUGUCAUAUCUACCCCCGGAUAUAACUACAGUAAGUACGACUACGACGUCAUUAACUACUAGACCGGAAGAAUCGGUAACAUCAAUAUCUGUCAGACCUGGUGCUUCCGAAACACCACGUCCUACUGGACCAAACUCUCCUGGAAUACCUGUAAUACCAGAUACUCCUGGUAUAGCUGGAAUACCUGACAUUUCUGGUACAACUGGUAUUCCUGGGACAACUGGAACUCCUGCAACGCCUGGUACUCCUGAAAGCCCAGGCUCACCUGGAGCACCUGGUACUUCUGGAAUCGCUGGCUUUCCUGGAACAUCUGGUUCUUCUGGUACUCCUGGCACUCCUGGUACACCUGGAAUUUCUGGAAUACCUAACUCUCCUGAAACGCCUGGUACUCCUAGUACUCCAGAUACAUCUAAUACUUCUGCUAUUGCGGGAACUCCUGAUAUUCCGAACACAACAAAUGUUCCUGUUAUAUCGGGUACUCCAGGUAUAUGUAGCGAAGAGGGAUUUUUCCCUGAUCCUCAGAAUUGUCAUAAAUUUUAUCGAUGUGUAAAAGAAAGUAAUGAGUUUAUAAAAUAUGACUUUGAAUGUGGUGUAGGAACUGUUUGGGAUUCCACAGUACAAAGUUGUAAUCAUGAGUACAACGUACCAAAUUGUAAUAGUAGUGUUGAAAGUGAUUUAACAACUCCUGAUUCUUCUAUCAAUGAAAUAAACACUUCUAUUCUUCCAAAUUCAAGUGAACAGACACAAGUAAGCACAAGCAGACCUAUUCAAGAUACAACACUAAGUAUAUCUGCUUCGUAUUUACCACCGAAAACAACUAUAACAAGUAUGACUACGAUGUCGAUAUCUAGUCGACCAGAAGCAACAGAGACAGCAAUAGUACCUGAAACUUCUGGAAUGACAGAUUCUCCCGAAACUCCUGGAACUUCUAGCACUCUUGGAACAUCUGGAACUUCUGAAAUAGAUACUUCUGGUAUCCCUGAUACGCCUAGUACUCCUAGUACAACUGGAACUCCUGGCAAUCCAAGCUCAUCUGGUACUCUUGGUACUUCAGAAACUCCUGGCAGCUCUGCUACUUCAGAUUCCCCGGUUAUAUCAGGUGUAUGUAAUAAAGAAGGAUUCUUCUCUGAUCCUGAUAGUUGUCAGAAAUUCUAUCGAUGUGUAAAAGAUGGCAAUACAUUCAUGAAAUAUGAAUUUGAAUGUGGCGUUGGUACUGUUUGGGAUUCCAGCAUACAAAGUUGUAAUCAUGGGUACAACGUACCAAAUUGUAGAAGUAACGCUGGUAUCGAUAUGACAACACCUGAUUCUUCUAUCAAUGAAAUAGAUUUUAUUAGUAGUCCGAGUACAAAUGGACAGUCUCAAAUAAGUUCUAGUAAACCUAUGCAAGAUACAACAUCAUCAAUCUUUAGUUCUACUACAAUAUCAACUACUACUAAUAAUGAGGCACAACAAUCUAUGAUCCCGACAACAGUUAUAUCUACAUCUUAUUUACCACCAUCAAUUUCUAAAGUUACUACUAGUACACAAAUGACUUCUAGUACUAAAUCUCCCGAAGUUUCAUCACAAGUAACAUCAGCCUCAUACUUACCUCCUAUUAGUACUAUGCAGUCAAAUGGCGUUGAUCAAUCUACAACUGUAUCACAACAAAUAAAUACUACUCCAUCGAGCACUGUACAAGUAGGAAUGUCGGAUUGUACUACAGAAGGUUUCUUCUCAAACUCUAAUGAUUGCAAGAAAUUUUAUCGAUGUGUCAGUCAUCAAUCCGGAUAUGUAAAAUAUGAAUUCCAAUGUGGUCCUGGUACUGCUUGGGACCAAAGUAUACAAACAUGUAAUUAUAUUGAACAAGUGAGUUCUUGCAUGAUAAAUAAUAACGAAAUAGUAGGGGAAGGUUCUACCUCAACUACCAGUUCUAGUGAAAUACCUACAAUUAUUAAUGAGAAACCUGGACAGAUGACAAUGAAACCCUCUUCAACUUAUAUACCAACAACUUCUGUCACCAAUGAGGGUCAAUCUACACCUACUAAAUCUGAAAAUAUGCAGAUACUUGCAGGAUCAACUACCGAAAGUUCAUCGCCUUCUAAACCGCCAUAUCCAAUUUCAUCUUCCCCGUCUGGGUCGAUAAUUACAUCUUCUGAAUCAAACACAGAAUCAUCUAAUAUGGACAAACCGCCCUGCACGACAUCUAAAAUUAAUAAUACAAUAGCUUGUAAUGAAGAAGGAUUUUAUCCACAUCCAAUCUAUUGUGAAAAAUUCUAUCGUUGUGUUAACAAUGGAAAGGGAUUUAAUGUCUAUCAUUUUAAUUGCCCACCAAGUACUAUAUUUGAUCCCAGUAUAAACGCAUGUAAUUAUCCGGAAUCAGUUUAUCCAGCGAGAGAUUGUACUACAUCAGCAGCAGAGCCAAGUCCAUCUAGUAAUGAUAUUACAGCACAACCUACAACAAUAUCGGAAACAACGGAAGAAUCUUUGUCAACUGAGAGUUCAACGACACAAAUUACUACCGAAAUAUCUACAGGAACUACAACAUCCGUAGUAGAAUCUACAACUUCGGGAACCUCAACAGAAAUGACAUCGAUGACAUCGGAACAAACAACUUCUGGGGAAAUUACAUCUAUGUCCAGUACUGAAUCAUUUUCUUCGACAGUGACUGAAGGAUUAACAGAAUCAACAUCAAGUUCCACUGAGCAAACCACAGAAUUGACAAUGAGUUCCACUGAGCAAACGACAGAAUCGACAACGAAUUCCACUCAGCAAACGACAGAAUUGACAACGAGUUCCACUGAACAAACGACAGAAUCGACAACGAGUUCCACUGAACAAACAACAGAAUCGACAACGAGUUCCACUGAACAAACGACAGAAUCGACAACGAGUUCCACUGAACAAACGACAGAAUCGACAACGAGUUCCACUGAGCAAACGACAGAAUCGACAGAAGAAUCGUCUAUGAGUUCUAUGCAAUCGGAAGCAUCUCCUAGUGAAUCAACAACGGAACAAUUUACAACAGAAUCUCAACAACAGUCAACAACUGAAUCUCAAGAACAAUCAACGACUGAUAUUUCAGAACAAUCGACUGCAGUAUCUCAACAACAAUCUACAACAGAAUCUCAACAACAAUCUACCACGGAAUCUCAAGAACCAUCUACUACAGAAUCUCAAGAACAAUCGACCACAGAAUCUCAAGAAUCGACUACACAGAAACAAGAGGAAUCUACUACCGAAUCAAAUGAAUUGACUUCUACAACCAAAGAACCUUUGAUGAUGACACCUUGUCCUAUUGGAAAUUUAACUGAUGAACAGAUAACUCUUAUUUGUCCCACAGGAUUCCGCAAACAUCCGCGAUAUUGUAAUUUGUUCUACCAAUGUACUAAUGAAGGUAAUAUGGAAAUCAAGGUUCUCGUUUUAAGUUGUCCCGAAAAUACUAUUUUUGACGAGCAAAAAAUUCAAUGUCUUCCUGAAAAUGAAACCAGCCAAGGUUGCACGGGUCUUCGUGCCAAUGCUAGAUUCUACAGAAAGUUGGAAGAAAAUUCUAUAACACCAGUAAAAGUCUCGUCGCAGCCUUUAUGUCCUGACGUUGGACAUUAUCCAUAUCGGCAGGGCUGUAGCAAUACAUUUUAUAAAUGCAAACGGGACAGCAGAGAUAAUCUGCAGGGAUAUUUCUAUAAAUGUCCUGCGAAUUUCAUUUAUUGGUCGGUUUCUAGAAGAUGUGAACGUGCUACUCGUCUACCUAUGUGUACACAUUUAGCGUACAGGAAGAAUAAUUUUUGGGACAGUCGAUGGCAAUUACCAGUCGAAGACAUCAAUCUUUCUGCGAGAGCAUUGCGUCUCUUCUGAGUCAUUAGCUAAUGAUAUACUUCUUUUGUAAAUUUUCAAGAACAGUAUAAAUCCCUCAGGUUACAUGCAAAGCUUGUCAUCAGGAAAUAUUAUACAAGUCUUGCACGUAGAAGUGAAUGAGACGAUUAAUCGAUUUUUCUCAACAUGGCUGCCAAAGAUCGUGAUAUAGACAUUCAAUAGAUCUUCGAUAGCCAUCUUGAAACGAUUUACGUUCAUUCCAAUUUCUACAACGAAACUGAUAAUAUUUUUCAAUUAUAAUCGGUUUCAUUUAGAGUAGUUAGAUAAAACAAUUACUAAUUAUCAUCGAUCAUAAUUCACAUUAUCGUGCUGUACAAUUUUUGUUGACGACAGUGUCGAAUGUUUUUGACGAGAGAUCAUAAGCGAUAAUUGGGGUUUUGGUUGCGGGACUUGUAUGCAAUACAUGACUGUAUUUAAUAAUAGUAAAUCAUACGUAUAUUUAUUAAGCUAAUUAUUAGUUUAAAUAGUAUUGACAGAAGUUCACGGAAAGAUUCUCAGGAAAUGUCUUCGUUUGAAGAAGAGUGAUCCGUACUCUUGAAACGAAAAUAACAUUUUUGAAGCGACUGAAUUUAUAUAUUUGAAAUGUAAAAAGAGAGAAAGAGAGAGAUCUUCAUGAGAAACAAAAUCGAACAUUUCAAUCAAUUUUUAUAUUUACUUUGUACAUAUCUAUUUUCGUAUUUCUAACUCAAUAUAUCAUUAUAACAUAGACGCAUAGUAUAUAAAUACUUUAGUAAAUAUUUUAAUAAAUAUGUAUACAU